AUGAAAGCCAACAAGUCAAUCACACAGACAAAUGAUCUGCAUAUAGAUGAUGAAGAAUUAAAGAACCUAUGUUUGAUAGAGAUUGAAAAGUUUCUUCAAGAAAAUGGAAGGUCACUGAAGGAAUUUCCAUGUUUGCCAUAUCCUAAAUUUACUGAAGCGUAUAAUUUUGAAAAUAGAUUCGUUGCAGAUGAGUUGAAUUACAAUAAAGAUGAAAUGCUUAAGAUUCAUGAAGAAUUGGUUUGUUGCCUUACUUUAGAGCAAGAUGGAGUUUAUAAAAAUGUUUUGAAUGUUGUAUUAUCUGAUAAUGGGGGAUUCUUUUUUCUAUAUGGUUUUGGAGGAACUGAAAAAACAUAUGUUUGGAACACCUUAUCUGCUGCUUUGCGUUCAAGGGGCUUUAUUGUGUUAAAUGUCGCAUCCAGCGGAAUAGCAUCGCUGUUGUUACCCGGAGGUAGAACUGCUCAUUCCAGGUUCUCUAUUCUUAUUUCAAUAAAUGAAAUAUCAACCUGUAAUCUUCGUCAAGGUUCCCCAAAAGCUGAAUCAUUGAAAAAAGCAAGCCUAAUUAUUUGGGAUGAAGCACCUAUGUUGAACAAACAUUGCUUUGAAGCUUUGGACAGAUCUCUAAAUGACAUUAUGAAGACUAGAUCUACUUAUGGUUAUGACAUUCCAUUCGGAGGGAAAGUUGUGUAUUUGAGUUGUGAUACUUCACGCAGGUCCGAUGAAGAUUCGGGUGUCAAUGCGGAAUGGUUUACAUCUGAAUUCUUAAAUGAUUACAAAUGUUCCGGAAUUCCAAAGCAUCAAAUUAAACUAAAAGUCGGUGUCCCUAUCAUGCUCAUUCGAAACAUUGAUCAAGUUGCAGGGUUGUGUAAUGGCACUCGAAUGAUAGUCAACGUUUUAACAAAAUAUAUAAUUGUUGCUACUGUUCUAAACGGAAACACGAUGGGAGAAACAACCUUUAUUCCAAGGAUGAGCUUAACUCCAUCUAAUGCUGACAUUCGAUUCAAAUUCCAGCGCAGACAAUUCCCUGUUACUUUUGUUUUGCAAUGA